AUGUCAAGGGUUUGUUAUUCCCAAUUUGUGCUCACUGAUUGCGGGCCAGCUGUCCGUUAUUUGACUGAAGAAAUUGUUGGAAAUGUUCCACAAUAUCGUGUUGGAAUCUUGUUCCUCAACCCUCAUCCUGCCGUUAUUCGACCAUUUCCACUACACGCCAACCCUUUCAACGCGUACCCACUCGAUUUUCAAUACCUGCGACAAGUGAAUCCACAAAUUUUCGAAGGAGCAAAUGUAAAUAUCCUCCCGGAAGAAAGGCCAGAAGCGCAGCAGACGUCAGUUAUUGUUAAAAACCCAAACCAUCGAAAAAACCAGAAUAAUUGA